CAUACCGUGUUCUACAAUGUCUUGAUCGAUGGGUAUUGUCGGCGCGGGGACAUGGGCAGGGCGCUGUUGCUCUUGGGUGAGAUGGAGACCAAGGCGUUACUGCCAACCCUGGUAACGUAUGGGACUCUUAUGAGCUGGCUCGGGAGGAAGGGUGAUCUGGAGAAGAUUACUUGUUUGCUUUCGGAGAUGCGAGAAAGAAGGUUGUCGCCCAAUGUCCAGAUUUAUAACAGUGUCAUCGAUGCUUUAUGCAAAUGCCGGUCUGCGGCUCAGGCAAUGGCGGUCUUGAAGCAGAUGUUUGCGAGCGGCUGCGACCCAGAUGUCGUCACUUUUAAUACUUUGAUAUCUGGAUUGUGCCGGGAGGGCCGUGUUCUAGAAGCUGAGCGUCUUCUGAGGGAGGCCAUUAGGAGGGAUGUAAACCCAAAUCUAAUUAGCUAUACUUCACUGAUUCAUGGCUUCUGCACUAGAGGAGAAGUGAUGGCUGCAUCUAAUUUGCUUGUGGAAAUGAUGGAAAGAGGGUAUACUCCUGACGUGGUUACAUUUGGUGCCCUGAUUCAUGGUCUUGUUGUUGCUGGGCAAGUCAGCGAGGCCUUGCUUGUUCGUGAGAAGAUGACAGCGAGACAGCUUAUUCCUGAUGUUAACAUAUACAAUGUAUUGAUUAGUGGCCUAUGCAAGAAAAAGAUGCUUCCUGCAGCUAGGAACCUUCUCGCGGAGAUGCUCGAGCAAAAUGUCCACCCUGAUAAAUUUGUCUACACCACAUUGAUCGAUGGGUUCAUUAGGAGUGAGAAUCUUGGUGAGGCAAGGAAAAUCUUCGAAUUCAUGGAACAAAAGGGUGUACACCCUGACGUUGUUGGCUAUAAUGCUAUGAUAAAAGGAUACUGCCAGUUUGGAAUGAUGAAUGAGGCUAUUCUAUGCAUGAACAGCAUGAGAAAGGUUGGGUGUAUCCCAGAUGAGUUUACAUAUACUACACUUAUCACUGGCUAUGGUAAACAAGGUAAUAUCAUUGGAGCUCUAAGGUUAUUGUGUGAUAUGAUGAAACGAAGAUGCCGACCAAAUGUUGUUACCUACUCGUCACUAAUAAAUGGAUACUGCAAGCUAGGUGAUACAUAUGCUGCAGAAGGUCUGUUCGCAAGCAUGCAAUCUGAUGGCCUGUUUCCAAAUGUGAUAACUUAUACCAUUCUAAUUGGCAGCCUGUUUAAAAAGGAUGAAGUGAUCAAAGCUGAUGUGUAUUUCGAACACAUGUUGCUUAAUCGGUGUUCUCCUAGCGAUAUCACACUGCAUUGCUUAGUUACUGGUCUCACUAACAGUAUGGCUUGUAUCAUCAGUCCAAACUGCAGUAGUACAGUUAAGAUGCAUGACAAACAUGCUCUUUUGGACAUAUUCAAGGGUUUGGUUAAUGACAAAUGGGGUCCAAGAAAUUCAGCUUACAAUUCUAUUAUCUUUAGCAUGUGCAGACAUAAUAUGCUUGGAAAGGCAUUGGACAUAAUAGAUAAGAUGGCAAACAAAGGGUACUCACCAGACUCUGUCACUUUCAUUUCACUUCUGUAUGGCUUUUGUUCUGUUGGCAAAUCAAAGGAUUGGAGGAGCAUCCUUCCGAAUGAAUUUCGGCGAGAUCAACUUGAGAUAGCCUCGAGGUACACAAUACUAUUUAACCAAUAUGUAGCAAAAUCAGUUAGUUGUGAAGUCUCUAGUGCCCUGCAGUUAUAUCUCGAAGAAUGUAGAUCCUCAUAACAAUUGGAGCAUAAGUUUGACUAAGGAAAACAUUUCCUCGAUUCUCAACCUCAGCAAAUCGAGACAGUAAGAUCAGGAUGGUGUGUAAUAUAUACCUACAGGACAUUCCCACCAGCACUCAAAGUUGGUAAUGCUAUUAGCAUAACUAGAUCUUCCAUGGAAUUGGUCUCACUGAAGCUCGAGAAGAUGCCGUUUUCACAUUUGCGUCCAAAAGGGAAGUGGUCUUCAGUUAAGCAGGUGAAUGAGCUGUGCAUCCAGCUGUAGAGCUACGCUCAGGGUUAUCAGAGCAUAGUGUUCCUGAUACUUACCAACAUUGGGAGGAGCUUUAUAGAACUGCUUUGGCUGUUGGAAUUUGGUGUACACAAACACUCAACAGCGGUAAGAGUGUCCUGAUUCCAGAAGUUGGCUGAUCUUCCAUGAGCCUACAGAUUUGCGAGGAGGAAUUCGGGAUUUCUUGUGAGCAAAAGAAGGUUGACGGAAGCAAUAUCCGUCAUUAGACCUGUACUAGCAAGGGACAGAAAACUAGGGCAUCUACUUCAACUGAAAGUUGCAUCCGCACUCUGGUUUGGUGAGGCCUGGUGCUCUUUCUCAGGACCGAGGACCAAAAAAUUCCGAGUUUGAUUCUAGUGGUAACUGAAAAAACUAUGGAGUGAUGAAAUUCUGGGUCAUGUAGGUACAUCACUUCUAGGGUGUAUAUCACUUCAGCAUACUGAUGGCUGGAACAACAAAAGGUAACACAAGUUAAUACAAACUGUUGGAAUGUUGUAUCAUCACUAGCGAGUAGGGAGGAGCCCAGUAUCUGAAAAGUAUACUAUAGAGCGAUAUCAUCACUGCUGUACAGUAUUCAUCUGAAAUUAAUGAGAAAGAAAAAACCCUGCAGAA